AUGGACUCCAACACUCCCAACUCCCAACCGACUAACCCGCGCAAGCGCAACCGCCGCCGCGGCCGCGGUGGGCGCAACAAGGGCUGCUUCCACUGUGGACAGGAGGGCCACAUCAAGCGCGAUUGCCCGAACGCAGACCAGCCGCCGGCACCGCGCGGCGGAGCCAACGGCAGCAACGGCUCCGGGCGGGCACCACCGGCGUCGUCUGCCACGCGGUGGACUAACAACGGCGGAGCGGCAGGCAACAGGGGUAGCGGCAACGGCGGACGCGGGCAGAUGUCGCCGGCAUCGUCAACGUCGUCGACCAACUCGACGUCGCGGCCGGCCAAGAAGGCCAAGACGACCAGCGGCGCUUCGGUACCGGCAGGCAUGUCUGCUACGACUGCGGAGCACCUGACCAACGCCACGUUUUCGUCGCUGGCCAUCGACGCCGGCAUGAUUGACGCUAUUGUGUCGGGCAUGGGCUACACCCACCUGACAGACGUGCAGGACGCGUCGCUGCCGUUUAUUCUCGCUGGACGGGACGUGCUGGUGCGUGCGCGGACAGGAACGGGCAAGACACUCGCUUUCCUCAUCCCGACCAUCCAGAACAUCCUUGUCUCGGGCUCGGCUGGCGCCGACAUCUCGGCGCUCAUUCUCUCGCCGACGCGCGAGCUCGCCCAGCAGAUUGAGAAGGAGGCAUCGCGGCUGACGGUCAACUACAGCGGCAUUGCCACGCUCUGCGUCUUUGGAGGCGUCAAGAUGGGCGCCGAGACGCGCAAGCUCACCUCGCCGGGCGCGGUCUCGAUCCUUGUGGCGACGCCCGGGCGGCUGCUGGACCACCUGCGCAACACGCGUGGCCUCGCGGAGCGCAUCUCGGCCUCGCUCCAGGUCCUCGUCUUUGACGAGGCCGACCGCCUCCUCGAGAUGGGCUUCCGCCCGGACAUUGAGCGCAUUCUCGCAUUCCUCCCGGCCAUCGAGUCGCGGCAGACGCUCCUGUUUUCGGCGACGGUGCCCAAGUCACUCCACGCCAUCUGCCACGUUGCCAUGCGCCGUGACCACGAGUUUGUUGACACCAUCGGUGAGGACGCAGUCUCCACCUGCCAGAAGGUCCGUCAGCAGUACGUCGUCCGCGAGUUUGGCGACAUCCUCCACGCCACUUACCUCGCCAUCCAGCAGGCCAUUGCCGAGAACGACCAGUUCAAGAUCAUCGUCUUCUGCACCACGGCCCGGACCACCGGCUACCUUGCCGCCCUGUUCCGCAAGCUCGACGUGCCGACGCUCGAGAUCCACUCGCGCAAGUCGCAGUCGUACCGCACAAAGGUGACCAAGAAGUUCCGCGACAACGCUGGCUUUGUCCUCUUCUCCUCGGACGUCUCGGCCCGCGGUCUCGACUUUCCGGGCAUCACCCACGUUGUCCAGAUCGGCUUCACCUCGCGCGAGCAGUACAUUCACCGGCUUGGCCGGACUUCGCGCGCCGGCCGCACCGGCAAGGGCGUCCUCAUCCUGGCUGACUUUGAGACGUUCAUUCUCCGUGAGCUCGCCGACCUCCCGCUCACCGACGCGGACAAGGACGCCGACGGCGUUGACGUCCCGCCGUCGCCCAUGGCCGGUCUCCCUGCCACGGCCCGCCUCGAUGCCGUCCUCGCCACCGUCCCCACUGACAACGAGCUCAACCUCGCCGCCUGCCAGUCGUACCAGUCGUGGCUCGGCUUUUACAAGGGUGCCCUCAAGAAGCUCCGCUGGCGCGCCGAGGAUGUCGUUCAGGCUGCCAACCGCUGGGCCGCCAUCCAGGGCCUUACCUACAUCCCGCCGCUCAAGAAGUCCACCGUUGGCAAGAUGGGCCUCAAGAAUGUGCCCGGCCUCGUGUACGAGGCCAAGGGUUCCAACGGCUCAUCCUGGGGCCUCGGCGGCGGUAACGGCGGCGGCCGCAACGGCGGUGGCCGCAACGGCGGUGGCCGCAACGGCGGUGGCCGCAACGGUGGUGGCCGCAACGGUGGCGGUGGCGGCGGCCGUCGCCGCUAA